AAUACAGAAAAUUCCCACUGGCUGCUCUGAAAAGCCAUCUUUGCAUUGUUCCUCGUCCGCCUCCUUGCUCGCCGCAGCCGCCUCCGCCGCGCGCCUCCUCCGCCGCCGCGGACUCCGGCAGCUUUAUCGCCAGAGUCCCUGAACUCUCGCUUUCUUUUUAAAUCCCCUGCAUCGGAUCACCGGCGUGCCCCACCAUGUCAGACGCAGCCGUAGACACCAGCUCCGAAAUCACCACCAAGGACUUAAAGGAGAAGAAGGAAGUUGUGGAAGAGGCAGAAAAUGGAAGAGACGCCCCUGCUAACGGGAAUGCUAAUGAGGAAAACGGGGAGCAAGAGGCUGACAAUGAGGUAGACGAAGAAGAGGAAGAAGGUGGGGAGGAAGAGGAAGAGGAGGAAGAAGGUGAUGGUGAGGAAGAGGAUGGAGAUGAAGAUGAGGAAGCUGAGUCAGCUACGGGCAAGCGGGCAGCUGAAGAUGAUGAGGAUGACGAUGUUGAUACCAAGAAGCAGAAGACCGACGAGGAUGACUAGACAGCAAAAAAGGAAAAGUUAAACUAAAAAAAAAAGGCCGCCGUGACCUAUUCA